AUGGGCGAGGCGAGCCGGGUGUGCUCCGGCUACUACAGCCUCAACCACAGCUUCGUGGAGCCCUUUCGGUGUCCCCGGCGCGGCGAGGCGGCCACCCUCCUCUACUGCUGCGGCUUCGCAGACCUCAAGUACUGCUGCAGCGAACCCGGCAGCUACUUCCCCUACAAACACAGCUACAUGUGGAGCCUCAGCAUCGGCGCCCUGACUGGACUGGGAAUCGCUGCUCUUGUUUUACUCGCCUUUGUCAUCAGCGUCUGUGUCCUUUGCUACUUAUUUCUGUAUACAAAGCCUCAAAGAUUAGACACUGGCCUUAAACUUCAACACCUAGAGGCUUCUUCCACUCAAGAAGGCAACUCAAAUAGGAAAAUCAAAGCCCUCAAUUCAAACGCAGCAUCAAAUUCAACAAAUGAAACAAUCUAUGAAGCUGAUGAUAUAAUUCAAGAAAAAACAGUGGAUACAACACAAAUCAACAUUGUGUCUCAUUAA